AUGGCAAAGAAGAAACAGUUGUUUGGUGAAGAUGAUGAGAUUACUAUUUUGAAGGGGAUGAUUGGGUUCAAGUCGGCGAGAGGGGUCGAACCCGGGUCUGACAUGAAGGGGUUCCUCAAAUUCGUGAAGAAAUCGCUGCGAUUCUUGGGCGCUACAAAGACACAGCUGUACGAGAAGAUGCGGAGGUUGAGGCAGAAGUACAAGAAUACUGUGAUGAGAGGGGAAAAAGACGGCAAGGGCCACCCAGUGUUUUCGAGUGCCCACGAGGCAAAAGCCUUCGACUUGUCCAAACAGAUAUGGGGGAAUGUUGGAGGUAAUGGUGUGGGAAGUGGAAGGGCAAAGGUUAAUGCGAGUGGAGGAGAAAAGAGGAAGGUUGGUGGGUUUUGUGGAAGCGUUGGUGGGUUGAGUUUGGGAGAGAAGAUUGUGAAGGAUGGGUUGGGGUUGAUUAGUGAUUCUAAUAAGGUGGAGUUGGAGGGGAAGUGGAAGAAGUUGAGGGUGGAGGAGACGGAGCUUUACUCGAAGAAGUUGGGCUUGAUUUGCGAGCAAAUGGAAGCGGUGCUAGAGGGAAACAUUGCUAUUGAGAUCUUUUGCAGUCUCUAUUUUGAAGUUUUCACUUAUUUGUUUCUUCAUAUUUUCUCUGCUUCAAUGCCUGCCUGGUCUUUCUCCGUCGAUUACAUUCUGGAAUCAGAACUGUCGUUUGGGUUGUCGUCAACCCCAAUGUGA